CUAUUUGUUGUCUGGCCAGUUAGGCUUUCAGAUCGAGAUUUUGUCAACAGUGGCGGAUUUUGGGUGUCCCAUACACGGGGAGGUACUCCACUCUCCGGCCGUGCAGGACUUAGUAAAAAGGCUCAGCCGAGUGUGUCGACGUCACAUGUGUUUUGGGAACGUUCUGUGUUCGUCAACACGGCGGAAGUUUCCCCGCACCUGCCCCGUGUUCUACCUGGAAGGCCCGCCCCGGUGAACUAGACUGUAUAAUCACGUGGAUCUUAAGAUUGCUGAUUGAUCAGAUUCUGUUACAUAGGGAUUCUUCAGGACUACCACAAAGGAGUGGUUCCUAAGCCGGAGAGGCCACUACCUACAACUCUGGUUCCCUGGUCUCCGGACCGACUAUCACACAGGAUGGGUGUAGAGCUGACGAGUGUAGUCGGGGAUGUGGACGAGUCUCUCAUCUGCCCCCUGUGUAACAUGGUUCUGCUGGACCCUGUCAUGGCGCACUGUCAGCAUGUCUUCUGCCAGGACUGCGUCUCACGGAAGCGCCUGACCUCCGCCGUCUGUCCGGUCUGCUCCACGCCAUUCAUAGAAAGAUUCGUUCCUGCGCCACGUGAGCUACAGUCGGCCCUACAGGCGUUAGAAAUGCGGUGUAACUUAGGCUGCGGAGGGACGUGUACCAUAGGAGGCCUGGCUGAACACAUGGAGGAGUGCCCGCUCUUGUUCUUAGACUGUCCUUACAAGUCCAGAGGAUGCAAGGACAUCCUACAGCGGAGAGAUAUGGCGGCGCAUUUGGAAGACUGUAACUUUCGGUACGUGGACUGUGAGGCGUGCGGACAUAGGACGCUGUUCUGUGACUUGUUCACGCACCAGAAGGCUAAGAAGUGUAUGGAGCAGAAACUGAAGAGAGAGGUUGUGGACAGUGUCAGGAGGUCGCGCGGACAAGUCAGGUGUCAUCGUAAGGAACUGACGGAGGACAUUCACUACAGGGAUCAGCAGCAAAGACGUUGGUUGAAAAGCCGCCUGUCCUGGUCCCGGCCUGGCCGUGGUAUCGAGCGGUCCAUGUCCCAGCCGGCCGUCAUGACUCUGUCGGACUGGAACAGCGGACAAGUGUUCCUGACCGCCGUGCCUCAGACGGCUCCGUCAGGCGCACGGCCGGACACACACCUGGCCAGGUCCGAUAGCGACCUGACCACCAUGACCUCACCUGAUGACAGACCACAGACAGACAUGGUCAUCACCAACAGUGCUCCCGUCAUCAAGUGUAGAAGAUGCAAUAGGAGAUACAGAGAAGCGAAGAACCACAGCACCGCCUGCUGCUGGCAUCAAGGGCCUGUAGUGGAACUGUUCGGAGGGACGUGCCAAACAUGUGGAAGACUGGACACACAAGAGGGCUGUCUCCUGGGAUAUCAUAUUGCAUAAAUUCUGCUACACCAGAACUUCAACCUGUAAGAUAGCAUCGAGUGGAAAAACUUUUACUAUGCCAUGAUCCUUGGAAAAUUAGUAAAGUACAAGUGUACUAGAAGAUAAUAUAACAAUGAAUAUGCGGGUUACAUUGGUGCUAUGUUGUGCAAGAGUGAACCUGGUCUGUACUUUCGUGCUAACUUUGAAAUGAUCGUCUUAAAAAUGAUCUUCCUGUGGUAUGCAGCAAUUGUUUUGAGUUGUACUAAUAAAAGCCAUGCCAUAAAGCAACAUUUUAUUGUUGAUUUAGUACAUGCAACAUAUACAUGGACAUCACAGUUCUAUAAUGUAUUCAAUUGUAUUGUAAGUUCUGUUUGAUAGUAUUUUGUGUUUUGUAAGUGAAGACGAGUUCUGUUGGAGCUUUCAAUACCAAACAAACCAAACAAACCAUGACAAAAUUAAGGUCCUUGAAUUGAUACCCAAUGUAAGACGUUCACCUUCAUCUAGGUGUAUGUCUGCAUAGGUUUUAUUUGUUCCGUCCUUAUAGGUAGAUAGAUGUGUACAUGUAAGUAUUGAUGUUGCUUGAAAUAUACUGAUAACCACUACAUACAGUGUUUCUGUAAUGUAUGUAUUAAAGUGUGAUGUAUAACAAAGUACAGUUGUAUUAAAGCAUGUGAGAACAGCUGUCAAUAAAUGGGUACACCAUGUGGAGACUGAAACUUCAAUUUAUUGGGACAAACAUUAAUAAACCAUACAUCUGAAGGUAGUACAAGUCAUCCUCAUAUCUGUUCAAUUAGGAUCUGGCAAGUGCCUGCACACAUUAGUAGUGUACAAUCCAGUUUACAAAUGUAGGUGUAUUCACCACAAAUGAAACUACAUAUAUUGUUACACACAAGUGUGUCUUUCUCAAAAACAAACUUAUCAUCCCACACUGAAAAUGGACAUUUGAAACAACAGGCUGUCUUUUAUGGUGAUAUUUGCCAGUGGCUACUUUUGUUAUACUGAAUGCUUGCACACCAUAGAUUUA